CUUCCCCUCACCCUCCUGUGGAUGCCUGCCCCUCCCCUGCCGCCACCAUGGGCAAGGUGCUGUCCAAAAUCUUCGGCAACAAGGAGAUGCGGAUCUUGAUGCUGGGCCUGGACGCGGCGGGCAAGACCACCAUCCUUUACAAACUGAAGCUGGGCCAGGCGGUCACCACCAUCCCCACCGUCGGCUUCAACGUGGAGACGGUGACGUACAAAAACGUCAAGUUCAACGUGUGGGAUGUGGGGGGCCAGGACAAGAUCCGGCCGCUGUGGCGGCAUUACUACACGGGCACUCAAGGCCUGAUCUUCGUGGUGGACUGCGCCGAUAGGGACCGCAUCGACGAGGCCCGGCAGGAACUGCACCGCAUCAUCAACGACCGAGAGAUGCGGGAUGCUAUCAUCCUUAUCUUCGCCAACAAGCAGGACCUUCCUGAUGCCAUGAAGCCGCAUGAGAUCCAAGAAAAAUUGGGCCUGACUCGCAUCAGGGAUAGGAAUUGGUAUGUUCAGCCGUCCUGUGCCACCUCAGGGGAUGGACUCUAUGAAGGGCUGACAUGGUUAACAUCUAACUAUAAAUCCUAAUGAUUACUUAAACAAAACACUAUUAUUAGUCUUCAAGAGUGUUUAGAGGGGAAAAUAAAUACUGUAUGGUUUCACAGAAAAUAAUUCUUCAUACUGAAAUGUUCAAAAAUUAAGCAUCUGUAGGAUUAUGAUGAUUGGCCCCCCUUUUCUCCAGUUACCACCCUCUUCUUCUGCGCUCCUGACUGGAUCUCCAACUUAAUGCAAUCCUUGCUUGGCGUUAAGAUGCUCUAGUCUUCAACUGUGAAUGAACACAAGAACUAGUUUCUGUGGCAAACUUCCAGCGUAAUGGGGAGACAGGACACAUUAUAGCCUUGCAAAGUAACUUUUUCCUCUCUUUAGAGCCCGUAUUCUGAUAGUUUGACUUAAUUUGUUUGAGUCCCGGGGCUGAGGUAUCACUUUUUAAACGUAUGCUUUCUGAUUCUACUUCUCUCCCCCCCCCCCGCCCACCCCUUCAUUAUCAUCAGCUGUAGAUUUGCUUCUUUUUGCGUCCUUGCAGAAUAUGUUGAUCGGUCUCUGUUAUCUAGUAAACUGCAAACCAUUGCUUAUGACCAAACUGUAUUCUGUCCUCUUUAUGGCAAGAGUUUACUUGUAAUUAAGAAGAGAACUAAAGUGAUCUUAUUUAUCUGGUAGUUGAUAAAUUAGAAAAGAUACCAUCUUGGAUAAAGGUAUGGUUUCUUCUCAGACCUGGUCUUUAUUAGGCCUGACAAUGACUAUAGCAAGAACCAUUACAAAUUUUAGCUAUAGAGAGUUAUGAACUGAGUGUCAUGCAUGAAAUAAGGGUGCAAAUAAGGUUCCAUUCUAAAUAGCAACCAUAUGCAGGAUGAUAAGAUACAUGUCAAACCUGUAGUUCCUGUAUUUUAUUUUGUAAGAUUAAUUUUCAGUUGCCAUAUUAAUUAGUUACAUUACUCUUGGUGCAAAAAUGUUUUAUUUUCAUAAGACACAGCAAUAAUUUGUAAACAUCACUGUGGGACAUGUGAAGGGUUUUUUUUUUCUUAAUUACAUAAGCCUAUAGUCAACUUGAAUGUUAAAACUAUUCUUGUCUUAACAAUUGGGAUAACAAUGGCAGUAUCCUAGCUGGUUUGAAAGCUUCUAAAAACUUAGGUAAAAUACUUACACAUUUUUCUCUUGGCUUCUAAGACACACCUUUACUAACUUGCAGUGAAAUCCUAAGUAGAGUUACUCCAGUCUAAGCGCAUUGAAAUCGGUGGGCUUCGACUGGAGUAAGUCUUCUUGGGAUUUCACUGUUAGUGUUGGGAACUGCACCGGCUCCUAUAUCAUGAUUUGAAUAAGUUAGUCAGUCAUUAGAACUUAUUAUGAAAUAUCAAAAUGAAAGCAAGGUGUGAUGAUUUUUUUUGUAGAUGCCGUUAACUUGAAUGAAGUAGCUGAGAAACUGGUCGUGCUUUAUUUGAUCUGCAUUGGGCACCUAACAGGCAGUCCUGUGCAAAGGUUACUCCAUCCCAAACCCACUGAAAUCAUUGGCUUAGGUUGGAGCAACUGCGUGGGAUUGUACUGUUAAUUUAUAAAGCCUUGGAAGACUACUUAAUGAAUGUGGAAUGGAGCAUGAGCAAACGACUAUAUGAAUGUAAACUUCCAGGUUUCAUUCUUCAAGGGCAAGCAUCUUCUUUUCCAUAUCACAGCUUUCACAUAUGUCUGAGUUAGUUGUAUGCGGCAGGGCGGGGAAAUGAUUGUGAAUUCAGGUUAGCAUAAAAAUGGUUUCAAUCAAGUAUUAAUACUGGGUGCAAAAAUGUAAAACAGCUGGUUCUUAUUCAGCCUUAAGGAUUAAUUUCAGAUUUCCUCAAGGAGGAUAACUCAUCUGAGGAAUUUUAGGAAUGUAUUGCUACAAAACCAGAACAAAAUUGAAUUUUCUAAAGGGUAUAAGUUUAAAAUUGGGGCAUUACUCUACACUUCUUCAGUGUUGACUUUGCUAUUAAAAUUGUGGACUCUAGAGCUUGUACCAAAGAUGUUUAACGGGGAUAAAAGUAAUGAGGAAUUCACUUCUUAAAACUGAAUUCUUAGCAUCACUUAACAGAAAAAUAACUUCGGCUCUGGUUCUGAAUAAGCUUAUACUGUAGCUCCUUUUCCUUUUUAAAAAAAUUUCCCAAAUCUGAUGGGAUUGUUUACUUAAAAUUAGAAUCAGAGCAACAAAAUUAAUUAUAGGAAAUACAGCAGUUGUUCAGAAACAGUUUUACUAAACUUUUUAAAAGUCUGAAAGAGAAAUGAAUUGCUACAUUCUAGCUGUGUUCAAAAACUAAUUUUUCUUCCAGGCAACAUUGAUAAAAGAGUGGUGAUACAAAACAAAAGUCUGUAAUCAGUUAACCAUUUUCUUCUGGAAUAACUAAAGCCAAGCACAAAGUAGUUGCCUAAAACUGGAAAACUUGAAGAUCUGUUAAUGGUUCUCAAACUUUAUUGUAAAUCUUAAUUGCAGUGAAAAAUACGGCUGGUUUUACCUUUGGUGUUGAAUUUAUUGUAUCCUUUUCAAUAAACCAGGGGCAGAAUCAAAUCAUCGUACAACUUCUGCGUUAAGUUGAAUUCGUAACGGUGUACUUCUUUUUUAAAAAAAUAUUCUUCUGGUAUAUCAGUUUUGUGGGUAAAAAGAAUAAACUUUUUUUUUUAAGUCUCCAGUUUGGGUGAAAACCGUGAAGUUGAGUAAAACAUGGCGAAUGCAUCAAAUAACUUUUUCUACUGAACAAAAAUGACAGUGGAUUUCAUUUUAAAUGCCUUUUUAAAGAGAACUAAGGUUUUGUCUUUCUGGCUCAACCUAGCCAUCAAAACAAUGGCUUUAGACCUUUACCCACAUCUGGCAAAAUUAAAUGCAAUCUGUAAGGUUUCCAAUUCAGUACAAUAGAAGUUCUAUGUUCAUGUGACUCUAUGAAGUGCAACUGAAUACAUUUUUGAAUGGCGUUAACUUUGUCCAAUAAGUGAAUGAGUCUGUAGACUGUGAUCUCCCUGAAUAAAGUAAACAGGAUUUUUUUGUGUUCGCAAUAUGGUUGUAGUGUUGGUAAAAGAACUAAUAAGCAGAAAAUAAAGCAAUUACACAGUU